AUGAGCUACUCAAGUCUCUCACCUCUGACUGGACCAAACCCCACCCCUGACCCUGAUGAUGAAAAUGCUGUGCAGAAUAACUAUUCCGCAGCCAUUGGUGCCCUCAUCCUCAGCUUGGUCUUCCUCCUGGGUGUCCCUGGAAAUCUCUUCAUUGUCUGGAGCAUCCUGGCUCGCAUCCGGCAACGCUCAGUCACCACCCUCCUCAUCCUCAACUUGGCAUGUGCUGAUGGGUUCCUCAUGGCUCUCACCAUCUUUUUCAUCAUCUACCUGGCCAUGCAGACGUGGGUCUUUGGUAACGCCAUGUGCAAAAUCCUGUUCUACCUGUGCAACUCCAACAUGUAUGCGUCAAUCUUUCUGAUAACCCUGAUGAGCGUGCACAGAAUGUUGGCUGUGGUCUUUCCACACACACUGUAUCACCUGAUCACCAGGAAGGUUGUGAGGAGGGUGAUCCUAGGCACAUGGGUGCUAGUGAUGGUCAUUUCCAUUCCCUCGUUGGUGUUUCGAGAUGUGAAAAAAGAAACUGAUGAUAUGAAUCAAACAACAUAUGUGUGUGCACCCAAUCACACACUGCGUAGACAUGUGAGGUUUCAGUACGCUUUUGAGACAGUAGCAGGAUUCAUUAUUCCUUAUGCAAUCAUUAUAACCAGCUAUGUUGUCAUCCUGAAACGCUUGAGGGAGACCAAGUUCCAAAGAAAUGUCCGCAGCGAGAAACUCAUCCUGACUAUUGUCAUCACAUUUGGUCUGUUCUGGCUGCCGUACCACAUCAUCAACAUGGUACAGGUGGCAGCUGCUUGGUACCCAAAGAACUCACCCAUAAGAGAAAGAUUAGAUACCAUCUCUCAGUCCAGCCGUGCAGUGACCUCAGCUUUGGCCUUCAUCAGCAGCUGUGCUAACCCAGUCCUCUACACCUUUGCAGGAAAAUCCUAUAUCAAGAAGAAUGGUUUUGCCUUCAUGGCUAAGCUGUUUGAGGGAACAUUAUCAGAUCAAACAGGAACCAAAAGCACCCGACUCCCAACUGAUGACAAUGUCGGAGAGAGUAAUGUUGAUUGUCAAAAUCCUACAGUGGCUUCUACUCCAGAGAAUGGGAAUCUUGAAUGA